UUCAAACGUGAAAGCGUGUUGUUUCGUCUGAAUGAGUUUUUUGGAUUCGUUUAUAUUAUGUGAGGUUCAUGGAGUCCGUGUUCAGCCAAGAAGGAGAUAAAACAAAAAUGGAGCAGGAAAUCUCCAGUUUCAAAUCCAUCAGGGCAAAGUUUCAGGAAGAGAUCCUGGCAAAAAACAGACCUUUGUUUCCGGAGAAACCCAAACGCCUCCCAACUUUAGGCCGCUCUGGUUUUAUAAACAUAACCUCAGGUUCAACUGUAGAGACGACCGUCGGUCGGCCCUCCGGUCUUCCCAGAGUCAUUUUCAGAGAAGACAGGAACGUUCCUUCAGGAAAAUGGCCUGUAUCUUUCCCAAGCUUUUCUCACACAACACCUGAAGACAGUCGGUUUGAAGAUGGUAGGAACAGACCAUCAUAUCAAGUCCGACAUUUGCCCCUCGUGUUGCCACUUUCGAGCGAGCCAAAGCCCGAUUCUGCUGCUCCUUUAUCGAAGGGAAUCACAUCACCUCUCAGAUGUAUCAAGAAACCAAUGCCUGCACCAUACAAGCCAGCCAAAAUGUCACUAUCCAGUAAAGAAAUAGGAAAAAUUGGUCACACCGAAGAGCACACUGCUAAAGCUUUGAAUUCAGGACCCGUUGAGGUCCACCAGGCUACGGUGUCAAACCCUGGCUCGCAGUGUCCCAGUCCAGAGCAUCCGUCUACAUCUUCACCAAGCGAAUCGCUGACGGGUUCGUCUCCUAGUAGUGUUUCUCAGUUCUUCGACCAGCACGUCCUCAGCACGCUCGAGAAAGCCAAAAGAAAGCUCUCACAUAAAAACCUGCUGGUGUGUGGCAGACCAAAGGGGUUUUACUUAAAUAAAAGUACAGCUUUCACCGAUAGUCCUCCAUCCCCGACUGGAUCUGAGAGCUCUCACCCUGAGACUGUGAUUCCUGCACGGGGAAGAUGUCCAUUUAAUGGCGUCCCUGUUUAUGCUUCCACGUCUCCUUUGAAGGUCAAUAAAACAUCACACAGUACCAUCACUUACAUGAAGCUAAAUGGAGUCACACGGACGGAAAAGGAUCAUUCUCCAGUACCCAAGCCUCUACCUGACCUGACAUCCCUGGGCCUUGUGCCCUUAAAGCCACCUAGACCUCCAAAUGUGAAUCUCAGCAGAUAUACAACUAAAGGCCACUUCAUUGACUCGAGUGAAACACACAACACUGAAUGUAAACCUGAAUCUGAGUUUCUGGCCACCAGAAAUGCAUCGCUCGAAAACCCAACUCCUCCACCCCCUGAAUUUCCAGAUUUUGAUAUUUGUGCUCCAGAUACCAAUGACAGUAACCCGAUAAAUAUAGCAGCCCUUGAAUUAGAGGCGACUGAAUGUUCCCACAGAGUUUCUGAAUUGUUGCCUCAACCAACCCUUCCGGAUGAGGACGACGAGCUUCACAGUGGAUCUGUAGACGAAGAGUCGAGAAGUGUCGAGGCGGUGCCAUAUCUACCGUCGGUUCUUCCUCAAGAAACGAUGACUGCAGAUCUCAAAGAAAAUGGAUCACAUGCUGCAUUUAACCUGAGCAGUGAACAGCAACUUACAUCAGAACCAAAUUCUUCUCUUCAAGACCAUUUCCGUGAAACCAGUGAAAAUGUUUAUGAGGACGUGGAGGCGGUCCCCAAAUUCCCAUUUUCUCAAAACUCCAAGAAACGUAAAGGAGCUCCAAAAAAUCCAUAUGCUGAUAAUGGCCAUGUGAAAGUGGAAGGGCGGAGGAGUAUGUGGCUUGUCACUCCAUGGUCUAGUUCUGAAGAUCAAAAUGGCCAGACACAACACGACAGAAAGGACCAACAAAGCCCUGAACACCACGAUGAAAAGGACCAGAAGAAAAAAGAGAAGCAGCGUCUGGAGAGGGAGAAGAAAGAACAGAAAGAGAAAGAGAAGAAGAGGAAUGAGAUGCACAAGAAAUUUAAAAUCACCGGGCAAGAGGAGCCCAUGUAUCAGGCCAAAGUUCUCGUGGCAAGCAAACUGCGCAAACACGACCUGCCAGUCAAGAGCGGAGACGUCAUCAGCAUCAUCCGAACCAUCAACUGCCCCAAAGGCAAAUGGCUGGCCAGAGAUGCCAACAACAAAUAUGGCUACAUAUCAGUGAUGAAUGUGGAGUUGAACAUUAAAGAGAUGUUGGAGCUUGGAAAAAGGGCAUCACAGGCUGCUGGGCGAGGGCAAACAGAUGGCGAUAACAUCAGCUUCAGCAGCAGGUCUUCUCAACAGAAUCCAGUGCUCACAAGCAGCUUCACUGAUGACAGUGAAGAAUGGACCUGUGAUGAAGAAACAAUGUCGCCAUCUGCUGAUACUUUGAGUCAGAACAGAGCUGUCUCCAUGCCUGACAUGUUUUACAGUAACUUUUCUACUCAUCAUACCGUGAGCGAUGGCAGCAUUGAGGAAAUCCAUACACAACAUGAAGCUCUGCAGAAGCUGGCUGUGUUUUUUCAGAAUGGCCAUGAAAACGGCAUCACCACUACAGAAGAUGAAGCAUGUCUACCGAGCACCGAUGAUCCAAGUUUUCUUAGUGCUGUGGAUGAGCCACCAUACUUAGAGGUUGAAGACUUUCAGUUUGCAGACAUUGAUCUUCUGCCGCCGCCACCUCUCUAUGCUGACUCUCUAUGAGGCGUCUGUGCAAUUUGAAUGGAGUUUCUUCACUUGAUCAGGUGACUGUGGUCUGUGAUCAUCUGUCAACUACCUUUAGUCACUGGAAGAAUUUAAAUAAGCUUUAAUAAAUGUGCUUUGUAUAUAAAGCUAUGUGCAUUAACUGUGGCAUUUUGAUGAAAUAAUCCUGCAAGUUUGGAUUGUAAGCAAAGAGUGGGCCAUGAAGAAUACAUGGCAGAGCAAAUUAAAGCUUAAAUGAAAUGUGAAUUGCUAAGCACUUAGUCAUCUUUAAGGAUUAAGAGUUCCUUAAAAUGAAUUCCUGUAUGAUAUCUGUGUAAACUACUGUGCACCUUUUGAGUUGGUUUUGCUUUUUUGUUGUAUUGUCUGUAUUGUGUGGGAAAUUUUGAAAGUUGGUGAUUUAAUUAUAUGUUUGUUUAGAAAUGAAAAUAUGACUUGUGAAUGUUAGCAUGCAAUAAAUGGGUCAGUAUACAGCAGAUAUUAAGACCAUUGUAGUCCAUUGACUUUUAUCCGAAUCGACUUAAAAGUAAAUAUUUAUCAGUAUGUGCCGUAUAAUCUCUAAGAGUCGAACCCACAACCUUUGCAUUAUUAACACGCUGCACCAAUGAGUGUGCCACUAUUUGGGUGUUUGUAUAUGUCUAUCCUACAAUUAUUUUGCGUAUUUUUGACCCAUAAUGGGUAAAUAUUGGACAGAACACAUGCUGGGUUAAAAAUUACCCAAUGUUGGGUUUUUAUGCAGCCAUGGGGUAUAAUAACCCAGCAGUGUGUUCUGUCCAAUAUUUUCCCAUUAUGGGUCAAAAAUAACCCAGACAUUUCUAGAGUGAUGCAAUAAAGUUCAUGUUUUUACUAAUUUUUGACAUGCCCAAGACUGUGAUAAAAGGUUAAAAUCCAGUCCACAAUUUUUUUAUAUUGAAAAUAUGUAAUUUAGUGUGUUUUUCCCCAAAUCAGUGACAUCUUUUAUAAACUUUGCAAUUAAAGAGUUAAAUCUUGGAAUUUCUGUAUAUAUUUAGUGGUUUUGAUCAGGACUGAGGUUGAUUAACAGAUUUGUAAAAAAAAAAAACGAUUACAAUUUUACAGCAGUUUAACUUCGGCUACG